CAAGUGCACUACCUGCUCAUACAUUCGUCUUCCUAAUAAAAAGAAAAGAUGGCCGCGGGGGCUCCUGCAGUGAUGAACGCGUCCACGACGAGCCUUGUUCUAGCUGCGCCGCAAAUGAGUGCCCGUUGGCUCAUGGCGCUAC